AAUAUUUCUAUUUCAUAAAGAAAGGGAGAAAAGAAUUGUUGGGUUGAGAAAAGGUUGAUAUGGAGCGAGGGGACCCGGCCCGACCCAGAAGAUGCCCUAAACCCUCUCUCAGCUGUGUUGGUUUUACGAGGAUUGUUGUGGCAACUGGCACUGUAAAGCCAAGACUGAAACGAAAACAGCAUCGUCAACCUCAACCUCAACCUCAACCUCAACCUCAACCUCAACCUCGCUUACUCACUGCUUGAGAUCCUCAGCUGUUCAAAACUUUUCAACUCAAUAACCUAAUGGCUGAUAAGCCAGUUUAUGAAGAAGCCUCCAUCGACGGCCAACCAUCCAAGCUUGCCUCCAUUCCCGCCAGCGACACCACUGUCUGGGCCGACGCUUCGCCUCUCCUUCAAGCCGCCUGUGCAGGUCUUAGAGAUGGAGAGCUCAUUCAUGGGGACAAUUUCAACCUUUUUGCUGCCAUGUCUGCUUUAGAGAUAAUGGAUCCAAAGAUGGAUUCAGGUAUUGUUUGUACAUAUUAUUCUAUUGAUGAGGCCAUUGAAAAUGGUGCUGCUCCUAUUCCUAUUAGCCUUGACAGCACCAUUGAUGUCUGCCGCACCAUUGAUAUCAUGGACCAUCUUCUAGCUUGUGAGGCAGCAUGGCAUAAGGGUCAUUCCUUGGCACAAACUGUGUUUUCGUGCAUCUAUCUUCUGAGGCUUGAUAGGACUGCUCCACAUGCCUUAUUGCAUUCUUAUUGCAGAAUUAUACGUGCAACCUGCAAGGCAGUAGUGUCAGUUGUUUCAGAUGCCCGCACACAUGAAGAGGAGGAUCUUUUCACCAUGACAUAUGGUCUUCCUUUAAAUGGGGAUGGAGAUGAUAAGUGCUUGUCAAUAUUGAAUGCUGUUGAAGAGACAAUAUCUCGCCAGUUACGUGCAUGUAAAGCUACAUCAUCAAAAAGAAGACUACCAGAAGAUUUGGAGCCAUUACAGUCCAACCCCAAUUUGGAAGAAGGAUUCUGCAAAGCUUUGUUGUGCCGCUUACGUUUUCGUAAGCAUUUUUUCCAUGUCCUUUCAUGUAUGAAACGACCCCAGGGGAGGGGUCUGGAGUCUGCAAGAAAACAUAUAGCUUCCUGCUUGACUGAGCUGGAAUCCAUUCUAAAAUCAGCGGACUUUCUGAGGUCUUGUUUUGAUGAAUCUUGUGAAGGUGAUAUAGAUGACAAAACUACUGCUUCAGGUUUUGAACCAAUUGGAUUUGAUGCUAUGCUAAACAGUAGGUUAUCUGCCCCCACACCACCACGUGCAAUUAAAAUUCUUAGUUGGAAAAAGGGAGUUGAAUAUUUUGUAAAACUUCUUCAUGAUCUUGAUGUUAUUUGCUCUUACUCAUUGGAUCCUCAUUUAGAAAGUCUUUUGCGCUUUGUGGUUCAGUUCCAGAAAUCUCAACCUGAUUUGGUGGCACGAUCUCAUCUGCAGCUUCUAUUGGUUCAAGAUGGGAAACUCUAUGGACGCGAUCCUUUCUUUGCAGUGAUAAAUAAAGCUGCUGCAUUGCCUGAAGCCACCAAAAACCAUGAUAUUCAGAAGAAUGAAUCUUUUCUGCAGCUAGGAAUGUUGGUAAUGAAUUUGCUCAAAAUACUUUGUACAAAUGCUGCCUGGCAAAGGCGUAAGCUUGGCAAAUUUUUGCAAGAUUGGCGUGUUAUCUAUGUACAGCUUGAGCUUGCUUUCAGAAACGAGUAUGGAGAAGUCUCAAGCAGUUCAAAUGAUGAGAAUACAUGUAUGAAAAUAUUCCAACAUAUUCUCCUUUGGGUGGAAGAGCAAACAUUCUGGAUAGCAUUUCGAUUUCUCAUAUUGGGUUUUGAAUUGGAACUUUAUUCUACUGGUGAAUACUGCAUGGUAUAUUGGUACUUAUAUGCUGUCUUAAUCAAGCUCGCAGAGAAAACUCAUCUUAUGAUGGCUGUCAGCCAUGACACCGCUAAACGGAAGGGGAAGAAGAAAAAGGAUUCUCCUAAAGAUUUGGCUAGGGAAUCUCGGAUCCCACCAGCAGUCUUGUUCCUUCAAUGCUAUAUAUGUCUUGCUGAAGGACUUACAAUGAUGCUUGCUGCUUUGAGGAAUGAAAUCCCAGUCUUCCACGGUCCAAGCCCUUUUAAUACUGAGCACGAGAAAUUUGUUCAGCAUUUUGAGCUUUUACAAAGAGCCUGCAUUCCUGAUCAUGUUUCGUACCUGUCAUACAAAGAAUCAACAACUCAUGCUCGCUUUUCUACGCUAGCUAUGUAUAAUUACUUCAAGGAUGCUCAGAGGAUCGCAAAGGAGGUGAAGAGUAGCUUCUCCAACGAUCCAGAGAGGUUAGCUGAACUCCGAAAAUUAGAGCAGGUAGCAGAACACAACAGUGUUGCUCAAAAUGUCAUUUGUCGGUUAGGAGCUCUUGACCCUUCACUUAAGGUGUCAUUUGAGUUCAGCCAUCAUCCAUUCUUUGCAACUGUUGUUGUCAAGAGAUCUUAAAGGUGUUUACUUCUUUUGAUGAUCUCUACCAAUUUUGAAACACACAUACUUAGGAGUAAGAGGCAUUUGAGUCCCCUGGUGUAGCAAUUGUAAUAUUAGCUUGUUUUAAAUCAAUGUUCUUAAUUUUUACUAUAAAGUAUUAUAUGAAUAAUUCAGUUGGAAAUUAAAAGCUAGAAAUAA